ACAAAAGAUCUUAAUACUAUUGGCAAUGAUGUUAAAGUUCAAGGGAAUCGAAUACAGAUUGUAGAAAAUCGAAUCGCUGAUAUGCCCACAGAAGGCUUCACCAAAUCUGAUAAAGCGAUGUUGCUUCGUUUAGCAUGUCAGAGCAUGAGCAAUCAGCUUGUAAUUAUGGGAAUACCUGAGGUAACCGGUGGUGCAAAUGAAAAUCUUAGUGAGUUUGCAUUAAAACUAGCUAGUGCGCUAAAUGUCAAUGUGUCUCCUACUGAUAUUGUUCGAAUUGAACGAAUGGGUAGAAUACGGAAAAGAUUGCUCGCUGAUGGUAAUGAUGCUCAUGUGAGGUCCCGUGCCAUAAUGUUCGAAUUGUCAACAAAAAUAAAAUGUGACCAGAUAAUUACAGCGAAGAAACUUCAACCUGACUUAAAUGCCUCUGCCAUUGACGUGGGAUAUUGUCACAACAAAGUUUAUAUCAAUCGUCGCCAACCUUUGGAACUUCAGAAGCUGCGAGAACAAAUUCUCAAGAAGUACCCUACGCUGACACCUAAAAUGGUCUGGAUCGCUGAUGCAGGAGUGUACCUCAGAAAAAAUGCUGACUCUAAACCAAUUAAACUCAUAUCAUCUGCUGACCUAUCACAACUAGAUCUGUGACUAGCUGAUGUAACCAACCCUUCACAGACCUUGCAUGUUUCAUCCGAUUCAAUACUUAACAUCUGUUGUUUAAAUGCACAAUCACUACCUGCGCAUAUUGAUGAAUUUCGGGAGUUUUUUCGUAUAAAUCAGUAUCACAUUAUCGCUGUCACCGAAACUUGGCUUAAUGACUGCAUCACUGAUAAACAGAUAGCCCUCACGGGCUACUCCAUUUUACGGGUUGAUCGUAGAGGACGUCACGGAGGAGGGGUUGCACUUUUCCUGAGGAAUGGACUCUGCUCGCAUAUAGUGGACACAUCAGCCUCCUUGGAACGAGAUGGAGUGCCGGAAUAUCUACUAGCUGAAGUUUGGAGUCCUGCUCGAUCAAAGAUGCUGAUAGCUGUUGUGUACAGGCCUCCGAAAAUCGGCUUCAUAGACAUCUUCGAAGAAGAGUUUGCAGCUACUGUGUCUAGAUAUAAGUUUGCAUUUAUCCUCGGUGAUUUUAAUGCAGACUUGCUUUCUAACACAUAUGAUGCUGAACACCUGAGAAGUUUUCUUAAAUCACAAGAUCUUUAUUUGAUUCCUUAUCAGCCUACUCACCAUACGAAAGACUCUCACACCUGGCUAGAUAUCUGUGCAGCUACCGAUUUCAAUUCGCUGGUCUCAUGGGGGCAAUCUGCCCAACCUUUUUUAUCUGGGCACGAUCUAAUAUUUGUCUCUUUUAAAUAUAUUGUUGCUCGCUGUGCUCCUAGAACUUUCUGUUACCGCUCCUGGGAUGAAGCAAACCUGGAGGAAGCGGCUCGAAUUGUUUCCUCGUUCGAUUUCUCACUGUUUGAAAAUCUACCGGAUAUUGAUCAUAAACUAACGGCGUUUAAUUGUUUAUUAAAAGAUGUUCUUGAUUGUGCUGUUCCGGUAAAGGAAGUCACGGUAAAACGUUCACCAGCGCCAUGGUUUACUAUAAGUUUACGUAGCCUUAUGAAGGAAAGAGACGCAUGCUACCGUGCUGCUAAAAGAUCUGGCUCACACACUGUAUUUGCAAAAUAUGUUGAGCUUCGGCGGGAGUUCAAAAAGAAACUUGGGGCCGCUAAGUCUAAUUAUCUCAAUUCUAAGUUUAACGAUACGAAGAAUGUGCGACUUUUCUGGAGAGAAAUAGAUAAGUUAGGUAUUACACGAACCGUAGCCCAUGAAUUUCCGGAGCAUGUCUCGCCACACUCACUAAAUUUACAUUUUGCGUCUGUAUCUACUAAUGAGAUGCUACCUGUAUUCUUGAAAUGUGUCGAUACUUCCUUAUCUGUUACUGAUUUGAUAGAUACUGAGGAAUGCAUGUUUUAGCGAUAGGGAAGCGAUAGGGAAAAUUGCUACAAGAGUGCAAGGUGUCGAUGGUUUCCCCAUUCAAACCUACAAAAAAUUUAGUUCCUUACUAAUGCCUAUCAUUCUUUUGAUCUUCAAUUGCUCUUUGUCAAAAGGAACUUUCCCAUCACUAUGGAAAUAUUCUCUAAUAAAUCCAUUACCUAAGAUAAGCCAUCCUUCGGUGUGCUCGGACUAUCGCCCUAUUUCCUUACUCUGUGCUAUUUCAAAGAUACUGGAACGUGUAGUAUUUGACCAAAUUAUGGUGUUUCUUAGAACUCAUAACUUGCUUUGCCCACGUCAGACAGGAUUCAGAGAGGGAUUGGGAACCCAGACUGCUGUCCUGA